AUGUCAAGUGAAUUACGCACGUCCGAUGACACAUCUUCCGAAGCAGAAGUAAAGGAAUCAUUACGACUAAUUGAAGAUUUGAAAUUCUUUUUGGCCACAGCCCCAGCAAAUUGGCAAGAGAAUCAAGUUAUUAGACGAUAUUAUUUGAACCACGACGAAGGAUUUGUCAGUUGUGUGUUUUGGAAUAACCUUUAUUUCAUAACUGGGACUGACAUUGUACGAUGUAUUGUAUACAAGUUUGAACAUUUUGGCCGGAAAAUCGUCGACAGAAAGAAGUUUGAAGAAGGUAUAUUUUCAGAUUUACGAAAUUUAAAAUGUGGAACUGAUGCCAUUCUAGAACCUCCUCGAUCAGAAUUCUUGGAAUUUUUGUUUAAAAAUUCUUGUUUGAGAACCCAGAAGAAGCAAAAGGUAUUCUUUUGGUUUAAUGUACCCCAUGACAAGCUAAUGGCAGAUGCAUUGGAAAGAGAUCUCAAGAAGGAAAAGCUAAUGCAAGCUCCAACUACAAUUGCAGUGAGAGAGCCAGCAUUAUCAUUCAACUACGAUGAAUCUUCUAACUUGUAUACUCAAUUAACAAAACAUAUGGACCAACAAAAGAAAAUCAAUGAUGCAAGUUUGACAGAGUUGGGAGAGCCUAAACAAGACCUCAGUACCCAGUCAUCCCCCGAAUAUACUACAACGACAAGGACAAAGGAUGAAGACUAUGGUUACUUAAGUGAAGAAACACCAGCACAAUACAAGACGCAUUCAGACUAUGAAGAUGAUUUCCCGUUGGAUUAUGUUGAUCCCAACAAUUCUAAUCAAGAAGGAUAUAUCACAUUGGACCCUAACAGCCAGGCAUAUGUCUUGGAUGACAAUUAUGAAACGUUUUUAGACCCUACACUUUUUGUCCCACCUACCCAGAAUCAAACCCCCGCAAAUCCCGUUGCCUUCAAUGACGAAUAUUUGAUUGAACAGACUCAACCCCUAAAAACGCCACUGAUACCCAUGUCAUCAGCCAGUUUACAACCACGAUCAUCCAAAUACUAUUCUGUUCAGUCUGUUAAUGGUGACGAAUUCUUUCCGACAUUUCAGCAAGUUCCAUUAUCAGCAAAAUUUCAAUCUACAUUCGCAGGCCAACUCCCUACCCCAACAUUUUUGAAGCCUCAGCCGAUGCCAAUAUCUGCCACCGCGCAGUAUUACGAUCCUAAUCAACUAUUUGAACCCCCCAUUGCAUACAAUGUCUUGAAUUCCGAAAGUGAAUAUUGGGCAAAUAUGGCUCCAGCAACGACCACCACGGGGUUGCCGGUAUAUGAAGCGUUUCAUCCCUAUCAAGUAAUGAAUGAGCCUGAAAUAGUCCCGGUUCAGGUAAUGAACCAAGGCUAUUACGGAAUGGCACCUCCGGGACCACCAACCCAAAACAUAUAUAACGGAUACCAGGGAAUGCCAAGUGCUAGAUCUGGCAAGAUCGUUAAAAAGAAGAGACCCAGUAUUCUGUCAAAAUCAAAAUCAAUGGACAGAGACAAUCAAUUCCGCUCCUUAAAUGAUGUAGUCCAUUCCAAGAAUACGAGGAUAGUUAAUAAGAAGGAUCAAACCAGAUAA